ACACACACACACACACACACAGCUGCAGGCAGGAGCGUAUGAACAGAAGAAUGAGGUUAAUCACUGUUUAAUGCAACUGGUGCAGGUGAUUGCGUAAAGAUGGAGGCAGUCAUGAUCGGGGAUGUGAUGUGAGCACGCGCUGCUCGGGUUGGACGCAGGUUAAGUGAGGUGUGUUGAUCCUGUCGCAUCACUUCUCUCUUCUCACACUGCGGUGGAAACAGGAGCUUCUCCUGCAGACAAAACGCAGAGGGUUUUUAUCCGUUUUUCUCCCUCUUGUGAUGCCAGUUUGUUGUUUUCAGGAGAAAUGAGGAAGAUCAUGAAGUUUUUUUUUUUUAAUUUUCUUUUUGCUUUCCGUGCUGCAGGAUCAGCACAGGACACAGGAGUGAUGUGAUCUGAGUUUGUUUAAAAAUCCUCGCAGCAGCUCUGCUCUGUCGUGCUUUUCGCGCAGCAGCGGACUCGGACGUGACCUGUUGCAGCUUCAUCCUCCUCCUCCUCCUCCUCUUCCUCUCUGAUCUGAGCGCGCGGAUGGAGAAAAAGGAGCAAAUGGAUUGUCAACUGAAGAGGAGUCACUUUCUAAUUUUUUGGAUUUGUGUCACGUUUUGAUUAAAAAUAAAAACAAUGGAGUUUUUGGUUGCGCAAAUGCUUCAUUUAGAAGUUGGUAAAAUGAUGGAGUUGAACUGAAGCCGGAUCUGUCCACGGCGCUGCUGUCACACCCUGCUUUCUGCGAGACUAAACCUCCACCUCUUCCCUUCUCCUUCCACCUGUCCACCCUCCCCACGGUUUUUUAUAUAUAUCUCGACAGAAUGGCCCGGUUUGGAGACGACGUCCCGGGCUUGUUGAGUUCGGGGGAUGGCGGCUCGGAGCGCAACCGGAACCGCGAUGGCGCGGCGGUGUCCACAGGUGGGAUCUCCCCAGCCUUCAAGCAGACCAAAGCGCAGCGCGCGCGCACCAUGGCCCUGUACAACCCGAUCCCCGUCCGGGAGAACUGCUUCACCGUCAACAGGUCGCUCUUCAUCUUUGGAGAGGACAACGUGGUCCGGAAGUACGCCAAGAAAAUCACAGAGUGGCCUCCAUUUGAGUACAUGAUUCUUGCUACCAUCAUCGCCAACUGUAUCGUGUUGGCCCUGGAGCAGCACCUGCCGGGUGAAGACAAAACCCCCAUGUCCAAGAGACUGGAGAAGACGGAGCCCUACUUCAUUGGGAUGUUUUGUUUUGAGGCUGGGAUAAAAAUCAUCGCCUUGGGUUUUGUGUUCCAUAAAGGUUCCUACCUUCGGAAUGGCUGGAACGUCAUGGACUUUAUUGUGGUCCUCAGUGGGAUCCUGGCUGCAGCAGGAGCUCACAUGAACAUCUCAGUGGAUCUGAGAACUCUGAGGGCGGUGAGGGUCCUACGACCACUGAAACUGGUCUCAGGCAUCCCCAGUCUGCAGAUUGUCCUGAAGUCUAUAAUGAAGGCCAUGGUGCCUUUGCUGCAGAUUGGUCUGCUGCUCUUUUUUGCCAUCCUCAUGUUUGCCAUCAUCGGCCUGGAGUUCUACAGUGGGAAACUGCACAAGACAUGCACACCUGAGCCAGGAAUACGAGAAAACGAGACCGUGGACUCGCUCGAGUACGAGUUCCCGUGUGGCGUGCGUCAGUGCCCGGCAAAAUACAAAUGCAGUGAACGCUGGAUUGGACCAAAUGAUGGUAUCACCCAGUUCGACAACAUCCUGUUUGCUGUUCUCACUGUCUUCCAGUGCAUCACCAUGGAGGGGUGGACCACAGUACUCUACAACACCAACGAUGCCUUGGGCCCCACCUGGAACUGGAUCUAUUUCAUCCCUCUAAUCAUCAUUGGCUCCUUCUUUGUCCUGAACCUGGUGCUGGGAGUCCUCUCUGGGGAGUUUGCCAAAGAGAGGGAGAGGGUGGAAAACCGCAGGGCCUUCAUGAAGCUGAGACGCCAGCAGCAGAUUGAACGAGAGCUCAAUGGCUAUCGAGCCUGGAUCGACCGAGCAGAGGAAGUCAUGCUUGCAGAGGAGAAUAAGAAUUCAGGUCCUUCAGCCCUCGAUGUGUUGAAGCGAGCCACCACCAUCAAGAGGAGAGGCCUGGAUGUUCAUCAGGGGCAACCAGGAGAGGAACAAUACGGUGACAUCUCCUCUUUGGGUAUGCCCAUGGCCAGAGGAAGCAUCCGAAGUGCAAAACGAGGUCCGGCGGCAUAUUUUCGCCGCAAGGAGCGUCUCCUGCGCAUUUCUAUUCGGCGCGUGGUGAAGACGCACACGUUCUACUGGACAGUGCUCGGCCUCGUGGCUCUCAACACUCUGUGUGUAGCUAUCGUUCACCACAAUCAGCCUCCGUGGCUCUCCAACUUCCUCUACUAUGCAGAGUUUCUGUUCCUCGCUCUGUUCCUGACCGAGAUGUUUCUAAAGAUGUACAGUUUGGGGCCGCGCCUCUACUUUCAUUCCUCCUUCAACUGCUUUGACUGCAGUGUAAUUGUUGGCAGCAUCUUUGAAGUGCUGUGGGGUUUCUUCAGGCCUGGAACUUCAUUUGGCAUCAGUGUCCUGCGUGCUCUCCGUCUGCUGAGGAUCUUCAAAAUCACCAAGUACUGGGCAUCUCUGAGGAACCUGGUUGUCUCUCUGAUGAACUCCAUGAAGUCCAUCAUCUCCCUGAUUUUCCUUCUCUUUCUCUUCAUUGUUGUUUUUGCACUCCUUGGGAUGCAGCUUUUUGGUGGCAGGUUCAUCUUUGAAGACUACACGCCGACAAACUUUGACACCUUUCCUGCAGCUAUCAUGACAGUAUUUCAGAUCCUGACUGGAGAGGACUGGAAUGAGGUCAUGUAUAAUGGGAUUCGCUCACAAGGAGGAGUGAAGUCUGGCAUGUGGUCCUCGAUCUACUUCAUAGUUCUCACUCUUUUUGGAAACUAUACUCUGCUGAACGUCUUCUUGGCCAUUGCUGUGGAUAACCUCGCCAACGCACAAGAACUUACCAAGGAUGAAGAAGAAGCAGAGGCAGCGUUCAAUCAGAAGCACGCUCUUCAGAAAGCCAAGGAGGUUGGACCGCUGUCUUCCUUCAUGUCUUCAGAGGGAAGCCGAAGAAGGCGGCCCUAUCUGUACAGGAAACGAGCCAUUCACCGCAGCCGGCCUACCUACUCCUACUCCCUGGAGGAGGCCCAGGGCAGUGUCAGGGAGGGCCGCCCACCCCCGCCACUCAAACCUUCUAACUCUUUCAUGUCCAGGAGAGAAAGGAGGAAGAGGAUGACCAUGUCCGUGUGGGAGCAGAGGACUAGCCAGCUGCGGCGACACCGCCAGAUGUCCAGCAGAGAGAUCCUGUUCAGCAACCCGAGCGAGGAGAAAGAAGCUCAUGGGCGCUCCGUGUCGCUGCACCGUAAGGCCAUGCAGCACACACCAUCAGGGAGCGUGAAGCUCCUGACUGACCCUCCGGCCCCUGCAGACACCAACCAGGCUGUUGGCUCCUCUGCAGACAUUCCUCUGGAUGCAACCCUCCCCGCCGGUAUUACUGAACCACCAGUGUCUGUGCUCGUACCAGAGUCACUGGAUCCUACAAAUGUAGCCCUCACUGAUGCUGUAUCUGUGAACAUACCAGAACCUCCUGCAUCCGAUCCUGUCGUGGAGAACAGAAAACUGGGGGUCAACCACAAAUACGAGAGUCGGAGCCCCAGACUGAACGGUGAACGUCAGCACAGGCACGUCAAGAAGUUCCGACCUCCAGACAACACUGACUUGAGAAAUCCCGAGAGAGAAGGCUAUGCCGGGAUCAGGGGCCGGAGGCUGCUGCAUAACUGCGACCAUCAGACCAGGGUCAGAAAUCAGGGAUCUUCUCCUGGAAGUGAGGGAACUUUAGCGAGCUGCUUGGCUGUAGAGGAGGAGAGAAAAAACCUUGGCAAAGAGGAGGAGAAGGUAGCAGAGCCCAAGAACAACAACGGAGAGGUGGCCAAACAUCAGGAGAGCAGGCAAGGUGAGGGUAACCUAAAAGACAUCCCCUCAGGUGAAACAUGUCUUCAGAAACAGGAGGAGCUUUCACAACUGUCUGAAUCAUCUGCACCUGCGAAACCUGAGAGGAACAAAGAAGAAAUGAAUUUGGAGCAGAACCAGGAAAAGCCGCAGCUGAGCUCCAGCGCGGUCAUCGAGGUGCCCGGCUCGCAGCCGUCUCUCGAGCUCUCCACCAUCACAGUCAACAGCAAGGAUCCCGAAACCUGUAAGUCAGAGAAGGAGGAGUCUGAAGAAACGAAGCCUGUCGUCACUGUCACCCCUGACAGCAUGUUCAUCUUCAAACCUGAUAACCCGGUGCGUCGAGCGUGUCAUUACGUGGUCAACCUCAGGUACUUUGAAAUGUCCAUCCUGUUGGUCAUAGCUGCCAGCAGCAUCGCUCUGGCUGCAGAGGACCCUGUGGCCGCAUCUUCUGACUGGAACAAGGUUCUACGUUACUUUGAUUAUGUGUUCACUGGAGUUUUCACAUUUGAAAUGAUCAUAAAGAUGAUUGACCAAGGCUUGAUUCUUCAUGACGGCUCCUACUUCAGAGACCUGUGGAACAUCCUGGACUUCAUCGUUGUGGUGGGAGCUCUGGUGGCCUUCGCCCUCACCAAUGUGAUAGGAAAUAAUAAAGGACGGGACAUCAAGACCAUCAAGUCACUGAGGGUCCUGCGUGUCCUCAGACCUCUAAAGACAAUCAAGCGGCUUCCUAAACUCAAGGCAGUGUUUGACUGUGUCGUGACGUCCCUAAAGAACGUCUUCAACAUCCUGAUCGUCUACAAGCUCUUUAUGUUCAUCUUUGCUGUCAUUGCUGUGCAGCUUUUCAAGGGGAAGUUCUUCUACUGCACUGACAGCUCGAAGGACACACAGAAAGAUUGCCAGGGUUACUACAUCGACUACGGGAAGGAUAAGAAGGAGGUGAAGAAAAGAGACUGGAAAAGACACGAGUUUCACUACGACAAUGUGAUCUGGGCUCUGCUCACGCUCUUCACAGUUUCCACCGGAGAGGGUUGGCCGCAGGUCCUGCAGCACUCUGUGGAUGUGACGGAGGAGGACAGGGGUCCGAGCCACGGCAACAGGAUGGAGAUGUCCAUCUUUUAUGUCAUCUACUUUGUUGUGUUCCCUUUCUUCUUCGUCAACAUCUUUGUGGCUCUCAUCAUCAUCACCUUCCAGGAGCAGGGGGAUAAAAUGAUGGAGGAGUGCAGCUUGGAAAAGAAUGAGAGAGCGUGCAUCGACUUCGCCAUCAGUGCGAAGCCCCUGACUCGUUACAUGCCACAGAACCGGCACACGUUCCAGUACCGACUGUGGCAUUUUGUGGUGUCACCCUCGUUCGAGUACACCGUCCUCACCAUGAUCGCUCUCAACACCAUCGUACUGAUGAUGAAGUAUUACUCCGCACCACCAGCAUACGACGCUGUCCUGAAGCACCUGAACACAGCGUUUACUGUCCUCUUCUCAAUCGAAUGUGUCCUCAAGAUCCUGGCCUUUGGCGUCCUGAACUACUUUCGAGACACCUGGAAUAUCUUUGACUUCAUCACCGUCCUGGGCAGCAUUACAGAGAUCCUGGUCGACUUACAGCGUAUCGACACGUUCAACAUGAGCUUCUUGAAGCUGUUUCGAGCGGCCCGGUUGAUCAAACUGCUGAGGCAGGGUUACACCAUCCGCAUCCUCCUCUGGACCUUCGUUCAGUCCUUCAAGGCGCUGCCCUAUGUCUGCCUGCUCAUCGCAAUGCUCUUUUUCAUUUACGCCAUCAUCGGCAUGCAGGUCUUUGGGAACAUAAAGCUGAAUGAGGAGACUCACAUCAACCAGCAUAACAACUUUAAAAGCUUCUCUGGUGCUUUGAUGCUGCUGUUCAGGAGCGCUACGGGGGAAUCCUGGCAGGAGAUCAUGUUGUCAUGUCUGGGGGGGCAGCAGUGUGAAACGGACCCCUCUCUUCCCCCUGCAGCACUGACAGCUGACCAAAAAGAGGGCUGUGGCUCUGACUUUGCCUACUUCUACUUUGUUUCAUUCAUAUUUUUCAGCUCCUUCCUGAUGUUAAACCUGUUUGUGGCUGUGAUCAUGGAUAACUUUGAAUAUCUUACAAGAGACUCCUCCAUCCUGGGUCCACAUCACCUGGAUGAGUUUGUCCGAAUCUGGGGGGAGUAUGAUCGGGCUGCCAGGUGAACACGUCAGGCAGCCCGGCCAACUCAGCCUCAGAUUCCGGAACGCCUCGCAAUCGGCGCCAGCUGCCCCAGACGCCGUCCCGGCCACGACCCUACAUUUCCUACUCCCCUCUCGUCUGCCGAGCGCCCACCUCUCCCACGGCUGAACCCUCCUCCGAGGGACAAACUAAUCCUCAGGACGGUCCCGGUGGCUCCACAGAGACGUCGUGGCGGGCUGACAAGGUGAGCAGACCCCUGUCUGCGGGCCAGUGCUCCUCUGGGGGUCCCGUGUCUGGACCGAGCCACCCAUCCCCUCACCGCUACAUAUCGGAGCCCUAUCUGCCGUUCCACGAGGACCUCAGCGACGACGCGGGGGACAGGCAGGAGACGCUUACCUUUGAGACUGCCAUCGCCACCAGUUUGGGGCGGGCCAACGCCAUAAGCUCCGCCCCUCAGCUCAGACACUCCUGGCAGGUUCCCAACGGCCAUUUCCGGAAGCACUUGGCCCAGGCGAGUCCGACGGAUGCCAGUGAGCUGCUUAGUGACACAGAUGAGGACGACCGCUGCUAAAAAAAAAAUGUCCAAGAGACAAAGAUGAAAAAGACGCACAGAGGACGCCUCAGAGCAGCUUUCAGAGCAGCGCGGGGGACAGGCACUCGCUCCUCUGUGGGUCAGAGAACCUCAUGUUCUCAGCACCAGUAGCAUUACAGACAGAACUGAGCAACACUGCUGCUUAUUCGGACACUUGUCUCUGUCUACAUGUGUCUCUGUGUGUCUGUCGUAGCUGAAGGGGAAAGUAGCUAUGUGGACAUGAAUGUGUGUGGUCCUAGAAGACUGUGCCAAAUCAAGUGAACAAAACCUAGUGGGACGCCAAUCCAGAGUCCAAACCUCUCACGUGAAUCCAAGGAAUCAUUUUUCAGUGCGUUUUGUGAAAGUGAACCUAAAGGUAGCAUGUACAAAUGUAAUAAGGUGAAUGUAUUUUUAGUUUCUGUUCAGGUUUUAUGAGCAGGUUUCUGUUAAAUUGUGCGAGAGUAGAGGGUGGGGGGGUGUAAUUUAUCAGCCGUGAAGCCAUUUGUAACAUUUUCUGUUUACGACAAGUUUCCUGCAAGAAUCAUGGGCAUUAAACAGUCGAGGAAGGAAGUGGAGUUUAUCUUUCUGCCAUAAUGUGAAACCAAUAACUACGUACCUGGAACACAGAGAAAACAUGAACAUUAAAAAAAACAGAUGAUGGAUGUUUUUGUCUCAGGAUCUGGGACCAAUAAAUAUGUACCUUUAUGUCUUUUGAAAUCUUCUUUUCUCCUGGGACCUAAACUGACAAAAGUGAUUUCUUCUCAUCAGCAUGUGAAAUAAUGUCACCGUGUCAUCUGAAGGAGUAAAGGUUUGACUUAGAUUUUAAAAAGAUCAUCAGGAACGACAACCUGAGUGAUUAUUUCCACAUGAAGCCAUGGUUCCCUUUCAUCUCUGUGCUGGAGCACCAGUUUUUAGUGUUCCAGAGAACUAACUAAAGCCAUUUGUGUUCCUGUGCGCAGAGCCGAUGGAUGUUUUCUCUUCAGGAAGUGCUGCCUUUUUUUUUUUCAAGUGGAAGGGAACGUUCUUCAUUCAACAUGGAUCAUGCUAUUUUUAAAAUCUGAACACAAAGUUUUUCUUACAUUCUGCCCAUAGAAACAUGUUUUAUUGUAUUUUUUGUAUUAUUGUAUUUUUCUGUGCUUGUAACCUCCAUGUGCAUGAUUAUUUCCUAAAGCUGCCUGAUUUUUCUCAUUCUGAAUAGCAGCUUUUUGGUUCCCAUUCCCAAAGUUUUCUUCUUUAAACAUUCCAACCCCGUUCAACAAUUCGUUGUUCCCUCUGAGUAAUAAGGUAUAUAUUUCUGUCAUAUGUUUUGUGCUGUUACAAAUGUGAACAGAUCUGGACCGAGGACCAUACUGAGAAAAAAAAACACAAAGUAUUUUAGAGAAGUGUGUCGGCAGCCUGAUUUCUACUGUAAGCAGGUUACGUUAAAGCUUGGGCCUGUAGUUUAUUAUAAUACAGAAGUGUGCUUUACUUGUACAGUGCAGCCUAGGACCCAAUGUUGAUGUCCGUCUGUACAAAACAGCCUAAUCUGUGCCUGGGGAAAUAUUUCCCUUAUCAAGCCUGGAUUUCUUAGAUAGAGAAGCUUUCUGGUAAUUCUGUAGUAUAAAUUGUAAAAAUGAAAGAAAUAAAUCCAUGUUUCAUUUGUUGCACUUU